CUCGCUUGCGCCCAGGGGCGACGUUCGUAUUAAGAACCGAUAGUGCCGUCAGAAGCUUGCUUCCCUUCCCGGCGUUCGGACCAAAGUUUGUUUUAUUAUUUAUUUGUAAUUUUUCGUUGCCGCCAGCCGUGGCCGGACCUUCUCUAUCUGAUUUCUCACGUUUCGGGGAACAAUUCGCCAUUGUUGAAUGUAAACAAUAUUGAAAAACUUUCUUUAAAGGGAGAUCAAAAUGCAGUCAGUGAAGACGGCGGAUUUGCCGGAAAACCCUCGAGAGCGAUCAAAUUUCAUUUCGGCAGCAUGCUUCUGGUAUACUCUGCCCACUUUUUUUAAGGGUCGCAAAAGCACCCUGGAUACCAAGGAUCUUUAUAGGGCGUUAAAGGAACACAAAUCAGAGACUCUGGGUAAUAAGCUGUGUGCCUCCUGGGAACUGGAACUUACGAAGUCCAAAGGAAGCCCCAACUUGCUUCGGGCUCUGUUGCGGGUCUUUGGCUGGUAUUUUGGUCUUCUCGGACUCGUACUAUUCCUCCUGGAGCUGGGUCUUCGAACUCUACAGCCGCUUUUCCUGCUGGAACUCAUUUCAUACUACUCUCGUGGCGAGGAUUCCAUAGAGUCCGCAUACUACUAUGCCGGAGGAGUCAUUUUGUGCAGCGCUCUUAAUGUUAUAAUAAUGCAUCCCUAUAUGUUGGGCACCAUGCACGUGGGUCUCAAGAUGCGUGUGGGAAUGUGCAGUAUGAUUUACCGGAAAGCUCUUCGAUUGAGUAAAACAGCUUUGGGUGAUACCACGGCAGGACACGUGGUUAACCUCAUGUCCAACGACGUGGGCCGUCUGGACCUGGCCACCAUAUUCGUUCACUACCUGUGGGUAGGACCGCUGGAAACUCUCUUUAUAACAUACCUGAUGUACCGGCAGAUUGGAAUCGCCGCGGUAUUUGGCGUGGCCUUCAUGCUGCUAUUCAUUCCUCUGCAGGCGUAUCUGGGUAAGAAGACCUCGGUGCUGCGGUUGAAGACAGCCCUACGGACCGACGAACGAGUGCGGAUGAUGAACGAAAUCAUCUCGGGAAUCCAGGUGAUCAAAAUGUACGCAUGGGAGUUGCCAUUCGAGCAAAUGGUGGCCUAUGCCCGUAAAAAGGAGAUCAACGCCAUACGACACGUGUCGUAUAUCCGAGGAAUUUUGCUUUCAUUCAUCAUCUUCCUUACCCGAGUCUCCAUUUUCCUGAGUUUGGUGGGCUACGUUCUGCUCGGCACGUUCCUUACUCCGGAAGUGGCCUUUUUAAUAACCGCCUACUACAACAUCCUGCGCACCACCAUGACUGUGUUCUUUCCCCAAGGCAUUUCCCAAAUGGCAGAGACUCUUGUGUCCAUAAAGCGGGUGGAAAAGUAUAUGCUGAGCGAGGAAACAGAUGUAUCCGAUAAAAGUGAGGACCUGCCGGAAGACCUGGUGGGCAGUAAUCAAGCCACAGUACAUGCCGAAGCCGAUGAGGAUCGCGAUGAGGCGCAGGAUAAGUUAUUGGCUCCAGUACUCUCCAAAAUCAACGAAAACGCUGUUCUGUCGGAGGCAGGAAUAUCGAUUACUGCUCUCAAAGCCAAAUGGGAUGUUAGUUCCCCCGACUACACCCUUAAUGGAGUGAAUCUUCGAGUGCAGCCGGGCACAUUGCUUGGUAUCGUUGGACGAACUGGAUCUGGAAAGUCUAGCCUUAUUCAAGCCAUUCUUGGCGAGCUUCGCGCCGAGUCGGGAGAAAUAAAAGUAAACGGAACCAUGUCAUACGCUUCCCAGGAGCCCUGGCUCUUCUCUGGAACUGUGCGUCAGAACAUCCUCUUUGGACAGCCCAUGGAUCGUCGUCGCUACGCCAAGGUUGUGAAGAAGUGUGCCCUCGAGCGUGAUUUUGAACUGCUCCCGUUUAAGGACAAAACCAUUGUGGGCGAGAGAGGAGCCUCCCUGUCUGGAGGCCAAAAAGCUAGGAUAAGUUUAGCUCGUGCCGUUUACCGUGAGACUUCUAUUUAUUUGUUGGACGAUCCUCUAAGCGCUGUAGACACCCAUGUAGCCCGUCAUCUAUUCGAGCAGUGCAUGCGCGGAUAUUUGCGCGAACGUAUCGUUAUCCUGGCCACACAUCAGUUGCAGUUUCUGCAGCAUGCCGACCAGAUCGUCAUCAUGGACAAGGGCCAGAUUAGCGCCGUAGGCACGUACGAGUCGUUGCGUGAAUCGGGCCUGGAUUUCGCUAGCAUGCUGGCCGAUCCGGAACGGGAUGAGCGGGAGGAGGAAAAAUCCCGAUCCCGAUCAGGAAGUUACACUCACAGUCACAGUGAUCAGCGCCGGAAUAGUGAACAGUCGCUGCUUUCCAUCGCAGACUCGUGCUUGGAUGAGGCCGAGGCGGAGCAAAUGAUCAACCAGGAGCGCCAGGAAGCUGGACGUAUCGGCUUAGGACUUUACAACAAGUAUUUCAGGGCCGGCGGUGGUUUCUUCGCCUUCUUCGUGAUGAUGGGCUUUUGUGUGCUUUCGCAAGGAUUGGCUUCAUUGGGGGAUUACUUCCUCUCAUACUGGGUCACCAAAAAGGGCACGGUUGCUGCUCAAGCUGGCAACGAUACAGUGAGCUCGAAAGUUCUGGAGUCACGAAUGUCGGUGUGGUUACAUGAUUUGGGCUGGUCCGUGGACCCUGAAAUGCUGGAUACCUACAUUUUUACCGUGAUCACUGUUCUUACCAUUGUGGUUACUGUGGCUCGCUCUUUCCUGUUCUUCAACCUGGCAAUGAAGGCGUCUAUCCGGCUCCAUAAUUCCAUGUUCCGGGGAAUCACACGAGCUGCCAUGUAUUUCUUCAACACGAAUCCGUCCGGACGCAUUUUAAACCGCUUCUCCAAGGACAUGGGCCAAGUGGACGAAAUACUACCUGCCGUCAUGAUGGACGUCAUCCAGAUUUUCCUCGCCCUCGGUGGCAUUGUCAUCGUCAUUGCCAUAGUUAAUCCCCUGUUUUUGAUUCCAACACUGGUGCUGGGUAUCAUUUUCUAUCAGCUGCGAACCUUUUAUCUGAAAACGUCGCGCGAUGUUAAGCGAAUGGAGGCCAUUACUCGUUCUCCUGUCUACUCCCAUUUGGCUGCUUCCCUGACCGGACUUUCCACCAUUCGGGCCUUCGGAGCUCAGCGUGUUCUGGAGGCGGAAUUCGACAACUACCAGGACAUGCACAGCUCCGCUUUUUACAUGUUCAUCAGCACAUCUCGCGCGUUCGGAUAUUGGCUGGAUUGUUUCUGUGUGAUCUACAUUGCAAUUAUUACGCUAAGCUUCUUUAUAUUUCCUCCAGCAAACGGGGGAGAUGUGGGUCUGGCUAUAACACAGGCAAUGGGUAUGACAGGAAUGGUGCAAUGGGGAAUGCGUCAGUCGGCGGAGUUAGAAAACACUAUGACUGCAGUGGAGCGAGUGGUCGAGUACGAGGACAUUGAGCCAGAGGGUGAGCUAGAGGCACCAGCUGACAAGAAGCCUCCAAAGUCAUGGCCGGAGAAGGGAAAAAUAAUCUUCGACGAGCUCAGUCUUCGUUACGUGCCCGAUCCGAAGGCGGACAACGUCCUGAAGUCUCUCAGCUUUGAGAUCAAGCCCCGAGAGAAGGUGGGCAUCGUGGGACGGACCGGGGCGGGCAAGUCCUCACUGAUUAACGCCCUGUUCCGCCUGUCCUACAACGACGGAUCCAUCAUCAUCGAUAAGAAAGACACCAACGCAAUGGGCCUGCAUGAUCUGCGUAGCAAGAUCUCCAUUAUUCCCCAGGAACCGGUGCUCUUCUCUGGUAGUAUGCGCUACAACCUAGAUCCCUUCGAGGAGUACAGUGAUGAGAAACUUUGGCGUUCCCUGGAGGAGGUAAAGCUAAAGGAAGUGGUGGCAGAUCUUCCUAGCGGGCUCCAGAGCAGGAUCACCGAGGGCGGUAACAAUUUCAGUGUGGGUCAGCGUCAGUUGGUCUGCCUGGCCAGGGCUAUUCUGCGUGAGAAUCGCAUCCUUGUGAUGGACGAGGCCACGGCUAAUGUGGAUCCCCAGACGGACGGCCUCAUCCAGGCAACGAUCCGGAACAAGUUCAAGGAGUGCACUGUGCUCACGAUAGCCCAUCGCCUACAUACGAUAAUGGACUCGGACAAGGUGCUGGUCAUGGACGCCGGACGGGUGGUGGAGUUCGGCACGCCCUACGAGCUCCUGACGGAGGCAGACUCCAAGGUGUUCCAUGGCAUGGUGAAGCAGACGGGGCAGGCUACUUACGACGGUCUGCUCAAGAUAGCAAAAAAAGUAAGAAAAAACUAA